GCUGGCAUCUGUGCGCUGCAACCUCCCGGGCCGUGCGCCUCUGUUGCCUUGCGCCAGCGACAGUCAUGGAGUCCAGUGCCUCCCGGGAGCCUGAGAUGGCCGAAGUACUGCCCCAGCACAAGUUCGAUUGCCAGUCCCUGGAAGCCUACCUGAACCAGCAUUUGCCGGGCUAUGGGGCCGAGCGCGAGGCCAAGCUCACGGUGGCCCAGUACAGAUCAGGACAGUCCAAUCCCACUUUUUAUCUCCAGAAGGGCUCGCAAGCAUAUGUACUCAGGAAAAAACCUCCUGGUUCUCUGCUUCCGAAAGCACAUAAGAUUGAUAGGGAAUUUCAAGUCCAGAAAGCUUUGUUCGCUGUUGGAUUCCCUGUUCCCAAGCCUUUGUUGUACUGCACUGAUACAUCGGUCAUUGGAACAGAAUUUUAUGUGAUGGAACAUGUGCAGGGUCGCAUCUUUCGUGACUUCACUAUUCCCGGUGUUAGCCCGGCAGAGCGUACGGCCAUAUAUGUGGCCAUGAUAGAAACCCUUGCACGGCUGCACUCCCUAGACAUACGUUCCCUCGGGCUGCGGGGCUACGGGCGAGGCUCUGGCUACUGCAAGCGACAGGUAUCAACCUGGACAAAGCAGUACCAGGCUGCGGCUCAUCAGGACAUUCCAGCCAUGAACCAGCUCUCCGAGUGGCUGAUGCAAAACCUGCCGGAUAAUGACAAUGAAGAGACUUUGAUUCAUGGAGAUUUCAAACUAGACAACAUAGUGUUCCACCCGAAAGAGUCUCGAGUGAUAGCUGUACUGGAUUGGGAACUUUCAACCCUUGGUCAUCCUUUGUCAGACUUAGCUCAUCUCUCCCUGUUCUACUUUUGGCCAAGGACAGUUCCGCUGAUAAAUCAAAGUUCUCAUCUGCGAGAAAACAUAGGGGUGCCAUCACUGGAAGAACUGAUUUCAAUAUAUUGCCACGGCAGGGGAAUUGAUUCUGUUCUUCCUAACUGGAAUUUCUUUCUUGCCCUUUCAUAUUUUAAAAUGGCUGGAAUAGCACAGGGCGUGUAUAGUCGAUAUCUUCUGGGAAAUAAUGCAUCCGAGAACAGCUUUCUGUUUGCCAGUAUUGUGCAACCUCUGGCAGAAACCGGUUUGCAGCUCUCAAGAAGAACUUUCAGUACUGCCCUGACCCCACCCGACCCGGCCGGGCAGCUCUUCGGGCAGAGCAGGGCAGGCCAGGAAGUUCUUGGUCGGGUGAAGCACUUCAUGACACAGCAUAUCCUCCCAGCUGAGCAGGAGGUAAUUGAAUUCUAUGCUAAAAAUGAAAAUUCAGUGGACAAGUGGAGACCCCAUUUUGUGAUUGAUAAACUUAAGGAAAUGGCCAAAGCUGAGGGCCUCUGGAACCUGUUCUUGCCAGCUGUCAGUGGACUCAGUCAGGUGGACUAUGCUUUGAUCGCUGAAGAAACCGGAAAAUGCUUUUUCGCUCCAGAGGUCUUUAACUGCCAAGCACCAGACACGGGGAACAUGGAGGUGCUCCACCUGUACGGAAACCAGGCGCAGAAGCAGCAGUGGCUGGAACCUCUUCUCCAAGGAAGCAUCUCCUCUUGCUUCUGCAUGACAGAACCGGGAGUAGCUUCAAGUGAUGCCACCAAUAUUGAAUGCAGCAUCCAACGAGAUGGAGAUAGCUAUGUGGUUCAUGGCAAGAAAUGGUGGAGCAGCGGAGCUGGGAAGCCAAACUGCAAAAUUGCUAUUGUUUUGGGAAGAACUAAAAACGCCUCUGUGAGCAGGCAUCAACAACACACGAUGAUUCUUGUUCCUCUCAACACACCUGGAGUGGAAGUUGUCAGGCCUUUGUCUGUUUUCGGCUACCUGGAUCAGUUACAUGGAGGACAUUUUGAAAUCCAUUUUAAUCAAGUGCGAGUUCCUGCCACCAAUUUAAUACUAGGCGAAGGGCGGGGAUUCGAGAUCGCGCAGGGCCGCCUGGGCCCGGGCAGGAUCCACCACUGCAUGAGAGCCGUGGGCCUGGCCGAGCGCGCGCUGGGGCUCCUGUGCCAGCGGGCCGCGCAGCGGGUGGCCUUCAAGAAGAAGCUCUACGAGCACGAAGUGGUGGCCCACUGGAUUGCCAAAAGCCGCAUCGCCAUCGAGGAGAUCCGCUUGCUGACCCUGAAGGCUGCCCACAGCAUCGACACUCUGGGCAGUGCUGGAGCCAGAAAGGAGAUCUCAAUGAUUAAAGUGGCCGCCCCCCGGGUCGUCUGCAAAGUCAUCGAUCGGGCCAUCCAGGUGUGCGGAGGUGCCGGUGUGUCCCAGGAUUUGCCUCUGGCUAACAUGUACGCCCUAGCACGAACUCUGCGCUUGGCCGACGGGCCCGACGAGGUGCAUCUCUCAGCCGUGGCAGCCCUGGAACUGCGGGAACAGGCCCGGCGCCUGCGGGCCCGGGUGUAGGUGGCACCACAGCCGCCCUGCCGGGAUGCUCGCCUCGGGCCGUGCAACUGAGCACGGGGUGAAUCACCUUAGACUCGAGCAUCUAGGCCUGGGCAAAGGGCUGCAGU